CAAAAGUAGACAUGGCAAAAAAAAAAAAACUAAAGCCCAAUAAAGAAACCUUAGACUAAAGAAAAGCAUUGUAAACAGCACAAAGGACACGUGACAUUAGAGAAACAUGAUGGCUGACACGUGGGAAGUCGAAGAGAUGGGAGUCUUCGACCACUAGUAGAUUGUUGUGUCGCCGAAAAGCAUCAAUUCAGGCCAAAAUCGCCGGAGAAAUCUCAAUCAUCGUCGAGAGAAGUAAAGACGAAAUCCCAAUUUAAGCUUUGAUGAGAAUAUGACUCCAUUAAUGCAGAUCUUAAAACUUCUUCAACUUCAUACAACAACUUUUCAAUCUUCCAAGGAUAAUUUUGCUUAAAACCAUCAAUGCUGGAAGAAAAGCUAGCCACCCUUGGUAUUCAACGGUGCUGGUCAAAAGCCAGCUAACGCCACUGAGGAAGCUGGCCGUUUCCGGGGAGGAAAAAACAUCAUAAAAACCUUUAGUCUCUCAAAGAUCUAGAGAGAGAAGAGAGAUAAAGGUUUUUAUCGAUCAAAAACAAAGCCAGCCAACAACGCUGUGGAAGUCACCAAUGUCGGAGACAAAGCCGUCCACCGACGCUAAAGAAGCAGCCGAUGCCGGAAUCAAAGCUGGCUCAAGACGCUAUGGAAGCCGCCGAUGCUAGAGAAAAAGCCGCCAACACUACUAUGAAAGCCAGUCGAUGCCGGAAGCCACCGUCAAAAUCAACGAAGCUUUCUCUUUCUUUGAAAGAUUUUGUAAUUUAGUUAGUACUAUCAAAAUAAAUAGUAAACCAAAAAAAAAAGAACGAAUACGUAACGAACUUGGGGGAGAAGGAGGAUAGGGUAAUUUCUAAUUUUUUUUUUUUUUAAUUUUAAUUUUUUUCUUUGCUCUCUCUUUUCCAAAUUCUCUUUAGAAUAUUUGUUUUCGUCUUCUGGAACUAUCUCUUUGCCAUCAUCAUCAUCAUCAUCUUCCUCGGCCCUGAAAUUGAUCAGCCGGAUCUCCAUUGAUGUGAUGCAUCAGAAGAAAUCGGAAGUUCAGAUCGGAAAAGAAAGCAGCGGCGUCUCUUCCGAUUUCAAUCCAUCUCCCCCUCUUCUUUUCUUCCCACAGAUCGUGUCUCACCACCACCGUGAUCCCUCUAUCCCGGCCGCCCCUUACAGGCGUCGCUUCGCUCCUCCUCCUCGUCCUCCCCCUUUAUUUUCUCUGCGGCGCUCUCUCCGGCGCUUCCCUCUGUUUCUCUUUCUCCUCCCUCUCUCCUACUUCCUCCUCUCACAUCCCACUCGCUCCUUCCUUGUCGAUUUCCUCUCUGCCUUUGGUUUCUCCGCCGCACUUAUUUUCUCCCUCAAUCUCGCCCUCCCUCGGCUCCCUUCAAUCCGCUUGUUCCUCGCACGCUCCUUCCCCUCACCUUUUCCCAUCUUCUGGUCCAUCGGCUCUCGCCCUAGAUCGGACAAGAGGGGAAGCUCCUCCGGGUGCUGGGUCCAGCUCUAUAGCAACGGUGACGUUUACGAGGGAGAGUUCCACAAGGGCAAGUGCUCCGGCUCCGGCGUCUAUUACUAUUCCAUGAGCGGCAGGUAUGAAGGUGACUGGCUUGAUGGCAAGUACGAUGGCUAUGGUGUUGAGACCUGGGCCAGAGGCAGCCGUUACAUGGGCCAGUAUAGUCAGGGCCUUCGCCAUGGUUAUGGGGUUUACCGAUUCUACACUGGAGACAUGUUCUCCGGCGAGUGGUCCAGCGGACAGAGUCACGGUUGCGGAGUUCACACCUGCGAAGACGCAAGUCGCUAUGUUGGGGAGUUCAAGUGGGGCGUCAAGCAUGGUCUUGGUCAUUACCACUUCAGGAACGGGGACGUAUACGCAGGAGAAUACUUUGCUGACAAGAUGCAUGGAUUCGGGGUCUAUGGGUUUGCAAAUGGUCACCGGUAUGAAGGAGCUUGGCAUGAAGGUAGGCGGCAAGGGCUGGGGAUGUAUACAUUCAGAAAUGGAGAAACACAGUCGGGCCAUUGGCAAAAUGGGAUCCUCGACAUUCCAAGCACACAAAAUUCAACUUUUCCCAUAUCUCCUGUUGCAGUCAACCAUUCCAAAGUGCUAAAUGCAGUCCAGGAGGCACGGAGAGCAGCGGAGAAGGCUUAUGACGUAGACAAGGUUGAUGAGAGAGUUAACAGAGCGGUUGCAGCUGCCAAUACAGCUGCCAAUGCUGCAAGACUGGCGGCCUUCAAAGCUGCCCAAAAACAAUCUAAAAACAUGGACAAUUUUCCGAUUCCUGUUGUGUGAACCAAUUCUACUAGUAGUGCAUAUUACUCAAGAGACCGUCUUGGGAAAAGCAAUGCAAAAAAAACCCUGGUUAGCUGGUUCGUUCAAAAGAGAUGAAUAUGAUGUAAAGCUCACGGCUCAACUCAUAUUUUGAUUUCCUUGUUCCAAGGCGUGGCAGAGACAUAUGCUAUAUAUAGCGUGAGAUCGUGGAUUGUGAAUCAUGAUUCUGACAGACAACUGAGUUGUUUUAUGUGUGCCCUAAAUCCAGUAAUUAAACAACAAAUUCGAAUGAAGGUGUAUUUGAAAUGCCUUAUAAUCCGACAACAUGACUUGGUAAUUCUGAUACGUUUUGAUAAGCUUA